AGUAAGGAGUUCCCACGUUUGCCCCGCUUCAGGGUCGAGGGACGGCAAAAGGCUGUCUCCAAACCCCUCUACGCCUCAGGUAAUCCGCUGAUUUCUCCCACAGACGCAGCUGUUUCCGAGGAAUGUCUGGCAGAGCCCACAGGGUGCGGGCAGCGAGUAUCCCAGGAUUUUCAGGGGAGAAGGUGGGUCCCACACCCCAAUACCAUACAAAAAGUCCAAAGAGUCUGGGCCCUUAUUUUCCUGUUCUUGAAAAAUAACUAACCUGCUCGCCCUCGCCUCCUCGUGCAGACCCCUCAGGGCCAACUCGGGCUUAGCCAGACACCGAGAACAAACAGAAGACACUAAGUCGCCACCAUCAGGAAGGAGGGCGAGGCAGCCGCGCUGCAUACAGCUCCCGCAGCAGUUCUCACGGGCUCAGUCGCCCGACGCGUCACGCGCGAGGUUGCCUCGGCCGUGGCUCGAGGGCAGGUGGGGGCGCGUGCGCGCAGAAGGGCGGGGGAGGGACCGCCGCGCGCCAGCAGGUGGGCGCGUCCUCCCGCGCGCGUGCGCGCGCGUCGUGCCCUCUUCCUCACGUUCCCCGCGCGCUGCGUCCCCUCCCCGCCGGGAGCGCGCGCCUCCAGUCCUCGCGCCGUUUCCUGCUCGGUCUCUCAAAGCCGCACACUCCCCGGAGCUCCUGCCACAGCCGUCGCCUUCGCGGCGGCUCUCCAGACCCGUGCCUCAGCCCCGGCGCUGCAUCACCGCGUCCCAGGCGUCCUUCCCUCCUUCUGCCACUCCCCCUCCCUUUCCCGCCCUUCUUGCCCACCGGGCCGGCAAAGAGAGCCUGGAUACGAAGCAGGCGGGCUUGAGAAGGGGGUUGGAAAAAUGGAGGUACCGCGCCUGGAUCAUGCCCUCAACAGCCCCACCAGCCCCUGUGAGGAGGUGAUCAAAAACCUCAGCCUGGAGGCCAUUCAGCUAUGCGACCGGGACGGGAAUAAAUCACAAGACAGUGGCAUUGCAGAGAUGGAAGAACUUCCUGUACCACAUAACAUCAAAAUCAGCAAUAUUACCUGUGACUCAUUCAAGAUUUCAUGGGAAAUGGAUUCAAAAUCAAAGGAUCGCAUUACACACUAUUUCAUUGACCUCAAUAAGAAAGAGAACAAGAACUCCAAUAAAUUUAAACACAAGGAUGUUCCCACAAAAUUGGUGGCAAAAGCUGUUCCCUUGCCUAUGACUGUCCGUGGACACUGGUUUUUAAGCCCAAGAACUGAAUAUACAGUGGCAGUUCAGACUGCCUCAAAACAAGUUGAUGGUGAUUAUGUUGUAUCUGAAUGGAGUGAAAUUAUAGAAUUCUGCACCGCAGACUAUUCAAAAGUUCAUCUAACACAGUUGUUGGAGAAGGCUGAAGUGAUUGCAGGACGUAUGCUUAAGUUUUCUGUUUUUUAUCGUAAUCAGCACAAAGAAUAUUUUGACUAUGUUCGAGAACAUCAUGGGAAUGCUAUGCAGCCCUCUGUCAAGGAUAACAGUGGUAGCCAUGGCUCUCCUAUCAGUGGAAAAUUAGAAGGCAUCUUCUUCAGCUGCAGCACUGAAUUCAAUACUGGAAAGCCACCCCAGGAUUCACCUUAUGGAAGAUACAGGUUUGAGAUUGCAGCAGAAAAACUUUUUAACCCCAAUACUAACUUAUACUUUGGGGACUUCUACUGUAUGUACACUGCUUAUCAUUAUGUGAUUCUUGUUAUUGCUCCUGUGGGAUCACCAGGAGAUGAAUUUUGUAAGCAGCGCCUUCCUCAACUAAAUUCUAAGGAUAAUAAAUUUUUGACCUGUACAGAAGAAGAUGGGGUGCUGGUUUACCACCAUGCCCAGGAUGUCAUUUUAGAAGUCAUUUACACUGACCCUGUGGAUCUUUCUCUGGGCACCGUGGCAGAAAUCACUGGUCAUCAGCUCAUGAGUUUGUCUACUGCAAAUGCAAAGAAAGAUCCCAGCUGCAAAACCUGUAAUAUCAGUGUUGGACGUUAAUGCCCACUCUUCUUAUUCUUACUCAGCCCCUUUUCUUCCCUUAGGAGCAUUGGUCCUCUGUUGUCCAUUUUCAUCAUCAGAUGUUUUCCACUGAAGCAUGCACAUGCCACUGUCGCCAAAAACAAAAUACCACUUUCCAAAUUUCAUUCAGAGCCAUUUUAGUGUUUUCCUAUUCCCUACCCCUCCCACUACUUUCAAUGAUGACAUACCCUAAGUUCUUCUGACACUUUAUUGCCUAGUUGCUGCAAUGUUUUUAUGUUUCCUUUAUGCCAAACAUAACAAAACAGUUAUAUAGACUGCUUUAGCAAAGUACAAAAUAAUGGCUUAUAAAUGGUGUUUAAAUAUGCAUUCAUUUUAAUCUACUGAAUAAAUAUUGGAAUAACUCCAAAUCGCAUGAAAGGGUGUAAUUGCAGCAUGAGUUAAAUCUUGAAGCCUAGAAUUGUCAGCAUUUCCAACUCCUUGUUUGACAGUGUUAUUUAUGUUAUUUAUAUUAGCUAACAGGAAACAACUACUGUGUUAUCAACAUAAUAAAUAUAAUAGAAAAAUA